AUGGCCGCGCAUCGCAUCGCAGCGCAUCGCAUCGCAUUGAAUGCAAGCGCCCGACCACUCGCGGUAGUUCCACCACCAACAAGCAAACGACUGGCUGGGCUGCUGCUGGACCCCAAAGUCGCAGCCGGCUCAGCACUGCAGAUGCCGCAGCGGAUGCAGCAACCAGCAGCAAGCAGCGCUCAGGAUGGUGCCGCCCCUCUUCAGCUCGCGCCCUGGUCCCUGCGGCUGUACCAGGGCGGGUGGCGCCAGCCUUGGCAUAGCUACCCAGAGGACUGGGCCCGGCUGAGACACGACGCAGAAUCUGUUGGUGCCAAAAAGUACCUUUACCCAGUACCGUACCUGUACUCCCGGCCGACAAAUCAUGGUCCUGCAUAUGCCUCUCGCUCUCUGGCCCGCGAAUGGCAGCUCAGCAAUGGCGCUAAUAACAAGAUCAAGACGGGCAUUACCAUGAAAUGGACAACCAGACUCCGAAACUCCAGGCAGCCCAGGAACUAG